UCCAGUAAUCAGAAGAAAGGCGCAGAGCCAGCCCCCACCCCCCAAUCAUUUUACUUUCUGUUUCCUGUUUUCUAUGUAUAUAGCCUGAGGCAAAUUCAGGCAGUGGGAAUUCAACAGGAGCUGUUUGCUGUUGAUUCUGCUAGAGAACACGAGCUUCCAACCAUUGGAUCUCAUUUUGCCUUUCUCUGCUAGAUUAAAGAGCCCUCGGCUGGCUAAGAUUUCUUCCACAUGAUCUUUAAUUAUGCAGAAUAUGCCCAAGAAUAAAAACUGCCUAGUGUUGCCAGAGGACGGGCCAGAGAAUCGAGAUGGCCCUGUGUUCCCAGAGGACGGGCCAGAGAAUCGAGAUGGCCCUGUGUUCCCAGAGGACGGGCCAGAGAAUCGAGAAGGUCCAGUGUCCUCCGAGAAAGGAAAUGCUGCAGUUUCUGCACUAGCCGGGGACACCUCGCCAGCGAGGCCAGUGGAUGAGGAGGAGAAGGGAGAGCCGGGCAGCAGCACUACAGGAUCUCCUGGUUCAGUAACAGUGGCCACUGGUGAUAAAUCCUUGAAGAUUAUAUGCAAAGAACGCAAUAAACUGAUUAAAAUUAUUCAAAGUGACCCAGGGAGUGUCUUGGAUGAGUCACUUGCCCAGUCCAUCAUUACAGACGAGGACUAUGACCAUAUGAAUACAAUAGUGGAUACAGAGACCAAAAUUAGAAAAUUGUUAAUUCAAAUACAGAGGAAGGGGGAAUUGACCUGUCAGCAAUUUCUGGUGUGUUUAGAAACCAUGUUUCCAGGCACAAAUCAGGAUUUACAACAUCAUCAAUGGGGUUUAAAUCAGGAAUCUCAGACUCUGCAAGCCCCAGAGCUGGGGGAGAAAGAAGGUGUAAAUCCAGAGCUGGAAUUAGACAUUCAACAAGCCAGAAAGCCGGAGGAGACAGACCUUUCCAAAGAGAGACCAAAAGCCCUUCAGUACAUCGAGUCAAAGUUAGAAAUGGAGGAAUACAGAAGCAGGAAACUAAAGCUGAGAGAUGUCCUGGAAAUCACACCAGAAAGUCUAAAGAACUGCCCUCCUCAGACAACAGGAGAUUUACCUUGGCAUUUCCUCAGGAAGCUCAUGGCUCUGAAUGGGAUGGCAAGAAGCACAAGCCUUGAGCAGAGGGCACCCACUGAUCAAACACUAACUAUGGACAAAGAGGAGCUGGAUAUUCCUGAAGAUUUUUCUUUUCUCAGUGACACAGACAUCAGUGAUUCCCUGCACCCCCUUGAUGUUCUCUGUGCCAUUCUGCUUUCCUCAGACAGUUUCCUACAGCAGGAGAUCCUGUCCAAAAUGUCCAUGUGCCAGUUUGCCCUCCCUCUGCUGCUACCCGCCCUCGACACCCCCAAGUGCACCCUACUGCUGUGGGCCAUGAGGGACAUUGUGCGGAAGUGGAGGCCCCACUCCCUGGCAGAGAGCAGAGGGUUCAGAGAGGAGAGCCUGGUGCUCACAGCAAUGCCAACCAUUUCCUUUGUGCGGAUUGGGAAUUGCAGCUUCUCCAAGUCCCACCUCCUCAAUGAGGUUCUCAGCCCCUCCCAGCAGCACCACGAUUUCUUUGUCCACCGGGACAUGGAGUCUGGGAACGUCUCACGGGCAAUCGCAGAUGGGCUGGUUGAGAUUUCCUGGUAUUUCCCUGGUGGGAUGGGGAAUUCAGAUCUUUUCCCAGAACCUGUCGCGGUUACAAAUCUGCAUGGAGAUAUUGAGUCGCAUUGGGUGCAGUUUAGCUUUUUAACAGUGGUCUCCUCAGCAGUGUUCAUAGUUACUGAGAGCAUCAGUGAGAGAGAAUAUGCGCUGUUAUCAUCUCUGCAGGGAUCAGCCACUAAAUACUACUUCAUCUUCAAUAAUCAGGCUGGGAAAGCCAAGGAAACACUGGAAUUCCUGAAAAAGUUAGUACCAGUGCUGAAACUGAACAAGUCACAUAUGCUGUGGAAAGGAGGUACCACAAAUAAGGCACAAUUUGUAAAAGUUCUGCAGUCUGCAAUAGCAGCCGUAAUGAAAUCUUCUCCCAAGAGAGUGAGUAUAGAAGCCAUGGCUGAGACAGCACAUGAAUUAGGCAUCCAGGUAGAUGAGGAUAACAAGGAAUGUCAGACCGCAAACAGAUAUGCAAAGGAAAUCACUGCACAAAUAAAAGAUGUGGCAAAGUACAAGAGGGAAAAGCUGAGACUCCAAGGGGAGACAUGGAGAAACUUGGCUGAAGUGGAAAAAGAGCUGUGCCGAAUGAGAAAGCAAGGAGACACCCCACUUGAGAACUAUAAAUCUCAGCUGAAAAAGAAAGUAAUGGAUUUACGUGCUCAGCAGAAUAAACAUGACCUUACUGAUGGUUUGAUUACAUUUAUUACUGGAAUAAGACUACUACCUCCCAUGGAGAAACAUUACUUCCUGAAAUGGAUGAAGUUUGGCCUGGAUCACAUUGCUAGGGAGAAUCUUUCUAAACUACGGGAUCAAUAUAAAGAGAAAUGCAAAAACUCAAAAGAUGACCCCAAAAUGUUUGCAGAGUUAGACAAAUUAAUCUCUGCCAGUUCCUUAGGAGUGGAGCAUUUCAUGCGUGAGUUGGGGCAGUUUUAUGAAGCGGAAUGCUCAAUGGUUAAAGAAGGUAAAAUGGCAGAAAGCCAAAGGCAAUUCACCCAUCUCCCAGGCAUAGCAGCUGACCUCAUGCUGGAAGGGUUUCCCAUGGAGAUCAUUGAUGGAGACGUUUCCAACAUCCCACUGCAGUGGGUAACAGAUGUUCUGAGUCAGCUUCAUGCCAAGCUGGGGGGAAGGUCCAAAAUGCUGGUUCUGACGGUGCUGGGAGUACAGAGCACUGGGAAAUCCACCCUCCUCAACACCAUGUUCGGCCUGCAGUUUGCAGUGAGCUGUGGCCGAUGUACACGAGGAGCCUUCAUGUUACUCAUUAAAGUGGCAGAGGACUUUCAGCAGGAACUGGGCUCUGAUUUCAUCCUGGUGAUAGACACAGAAGGCUUGAAAGCCCCCGAACUGGCCAAGCUGGAGGACAGUUAUCAACAUGACAAUGAGCUGGCCACCCUGGUGAUUGGACUGAGUGACAUAACGAUUGUUAACAUGGCCAUGGAGAAUGCCACUGAAAUGAAAGAUGUUCUGCAAAUUGUGGUCCAUGCAUUUCUCAGAAUGGAGAAAAUCGGAAAAAAAACCAACUGCCAGUUUGUGCAUCAGAACGUCAGUGACGUGUCUGCACAUGAACAAAACAUGAGGGACAGGAAACACCUCCUGGAACAGUUGAAUGAAAUGACCAAAGCUGCAGCAAACAUGGAAAAGAAAUGCAAGGAGAUGAAAUUUUCUGAUAUUAUGGAUUAUGAUCUGGAAAAACACAAUUGGUACAUUCCUGCUUUGUGGCACGGAGUCCCCCCCAUGGCUCCAGUGAAUUUGGGAUACAGUCAAAAGGUUUAUGAAUUAAAGAAAUAUUUGUUUGAAUUUCUGAAAGAUUGUUCACAAGAGAGAACUCCCAAUGACAUUCCCCAAUUUCUUGAAUGGGUGAGGAGCCUGUGGAAUGCUGUAAAACAUGAGAACUUCAUUUUCAGCAUAGGCUUCAGCAACAAGGCUGUUUCUAAAGCCUAUAACCAGCUGUCUGUGAAGUAUGCAGAGUGGGAAUGGGGUUUCCGGAAGGAGAUACAUUUCUGGGUAUCUGAAAAGGAAACUUUCAUCCAAAAUCAGCCACCGGAUAAACUAGACACUAGUGUUUCAAUCAGACUAAAGAGUGAGGCACAGGAAAAACUGAGGCAAGAAGCAGAGAAGAUUUUGAAUCAUUUACAACAGUAUUUUGAAAGUGAGCAGCAAAAUCUGCACCUGAUAGAAAAGUACAAAGAAGAUUUUAGAAGAAGUGCCAAUAGUCCUCAGGAAUGAACUGGAGGUUAUUCAUUCAGCAAGUGGCAAGAAGCGAUUCAUAUUAAAAAAGGCCAACACAAAACAGACUCUGUCCUGUCAGAGUACAAGAGAAAAAUUGAAGAGAAAGUGGAUGGGCUUCUGAACCAUUGCAGGAAAAGCAACUGCAAAUUAAAUAAUGAUGAACUGGAGAAGGAAUUUGAGAACAUGUGGACAGAAACAUUGUCAGAAUUAUCACUCACUUUACAGAGACGCAACAUAUUUGAAGAUGUGGAGUUCCAGCUGAGAAGAGACCUAGCAGAUAGGGGCAGUGCAGUCUGGAAGAUGUUACAGGAUGCCAAAAGCUUGUGUGCUUAUGAAACACAAAAUUUCAAAAUGAAAAAGGAAUACUUAGACUUAAAAGUGUUCAGAGGUUACAAACCUUCAAUAUCAGGUCUGAAAGAAUUCUUGACACAGGAAUGCUGCCAUAAAACAGAGGCUUUAGCUAAAUCCUUAAUAGAAGAGUGCAAUAGUUACACUGAUGGAAAAGUAAAUGGCAAAGCAGAUUAUGAUGAAACUUAUUGCAGAGAGUUGUUGCGGAUGAUUAACGAGUGGCUUCAGCAGGCUGAUGUUCAAAACCUUCACACCACCGCCUGCUUUGCAGUUGACCUGAAGCUUCACAUUUUGGGGGAUGCAGCUUGUGCAUUUCAGACGAUGCAUGAAGAAUUCAUUAAAGAAAAUGAUCCUCUGCAGCGUCUGGGGAAACUGAAACCUCAGUAUCUCUCCACGUUCAAAGCUCUGUACUUAGAGAAGGAUGAGUGUCAGGACAGGGCCUGGAAUUUCUGUGAUCAGUGUCUGAGACCUGCCCUGGUGGACUACGUGAACAAGAGACUUGGGACAGAAAUCGUGGAUGACGUUCUCAGCAGUGAACGGUCUGUUGAAUACAGCACCCGGAGUGUUUUCCAAUUCUUUGUUCUGAAGCAGCUGUUGGAAGAAAAUGACUUUAACAAUUAUGUGCAAUAUACAAGGAAUUAUGUAGAUUUUAUCAAAACCUGGAUACAGAGACACUUGUUAAUGCUCUACAAAGAGAAGGCAAGAUUGGGAGAUUUGGAGAAAAGGAUUUUCUCCCCAAUAAUUAAUAAACUCAGCGAUGUUCUGAAAUACUCCAAAGGUGAGAAGACAGAGACAGUCUCUGCCUUUUUAGACAACUUGUGUGAAAAGCUGCAGCAGGAUCUAGUCAUUCCCAGGGAUAGCUUAGAAGUGAUACUGUUUAAAAACACAGCAAGUGCAGACCAAUUUUCAGCUUUUAUAGAGCAGUUUAUUCCUGACCUGGAAAAACAAGUUUUAUCCAAAUUUGAAAAGCUGGAAAUUGAGUUGAAACUCCCAAAACUUGCAGUGAAGCCCCAGGAUGAAAUCUUCAAGCGAGUGUUUGGCUGUGGGAAGCAGUGCCCAUUCUGUAAAGUCCCCUGUGAAGCAGGAGCUCCUGCGCAUGACGAGCAUUUUGCUUCAGUGCACCGACCUGAAGGAUUAGGGGCAUAUCGGUGGAAUAAAACAAGAAUACUUGUCUCUGAUAUAUGCUCCUCUUCUGUGGCUUCCAAUAACACAUUCAGAUGUUCGGAGACAAAAGGGGAGUUUCAUCCUUAUAAAGAUUAUCGCAAAUUUUUUCCAGACUGGCUUAUCCAGCCAGAUCUCAGUAUCAAAGCUUCCGAUUACUGGAAGUUUGUUUUCAAGGAAUUCAAUCACCAGUUUGCUAAGGAGUUUGAUGCUCUCCCUGCCGAUCUCCCUGAGGACUGGGGUGAAAUAACCAAAGAACAGGCACUGGAGGCCCUAAAGGAAGCCUUUAGAUUGAAAUCAAAAACAGGCUGAGAAACUCUUUUGUGAAUGGAGAGUUACAGAAGUUAAUUUCUAUUAAAUAUAAUGUUGAUUCUCUUUUAAUAUCAGACACAGGUUGCAGCUUCCAAACAGAUAAAGAAACAAUGCUAUUUCACGUUUCACAUCACAUCACAUAUCGAUGUAUGGCAAAAUUAAAGAAGGAGGGAAAGACCCAGAUGUGGAGAUUCUGCACCUCUGUCUUAAGGAGCAAAUCGCCAAAAUCCCAAUUUGUCCUCACCACUGCAUUUUGCUGAUACAGUGGUACCAUCCAGUGAGCUGCAAACCUUUCCCACAUGACUGUUCCCUCCCAGAGCCCCCGAAUACCAACCAUCCACUUCUGCUACUUAAAGGAACAAUAUCCUGUGCUUUUAUGGCUAAUCUGACACCAAACAGCCUGGCCCUGAUGCUCGCCUUCUCUGGGGUAACACAUGGACGGGGAAAAGUACUUCAGAAACACCAACGAGGGAGGUUUGCAGCAUAAUGUAAUGGGGAAGGGAGGGAUGCAGCCGGCAACCCCAAAAGACCCUGAAGUUUCAAAGGGAAUCCCCACAAACCCAACAGACACUGAGGCUCCAUGGGAAACCCACCCCAUCCCUGGGAAUGGUCUUUCCCUCUGCUCUGCUCACUGCCCCGCACACAUCUCUCAUCCAGGGUAGUGAGGCUAAGAAGCCAUGGUGCGUUGGCUAUUCGCCCUGUGAUUGCCUGCUACCCUUCUGCAUGGGGGUGCUGUGAGGAGAAGCCAGGGAAGGCAGUUAGUGGUGCUAAGA